GUCUGGCUGCGGAAUGCUGCUGGCUGUACAGUAAAGGCUUGUGCUCCGACACCGUCUCUGACCCAUGGACUCGGGGAGAGGUAGGGAGCGGCUCGGGAGAGCAGCCGUACGGAGAGCUCCUUGUGCGGGCUGAGAAGCGAAGAGCGCUCCGGGGAGACGACAGAGCAAUCGGGCAGCUCCAGCCCCGGGGACAGGCAAAGGGCACCGGGUAGGUAAUUCUGGAUUGAGUAAUGGCUGCCAUCUGGGCCACUUGGUUCUUUCUGACUGUGGCUGUCUGUAAUUCUGCCUACUCCUCAGAUGGACCUAAAAUCACAGAAUGCCACUCAGCUGAUCAGGAGACGUUCACAUGUAGCUGGAAUGUGGGAAACUUCCAGAACCUGACAGAAUAUCAUCUGAAAUUCUUUUAUACAAAAGGAGAAAGCCAUGACUGGAGAGAAUGUCCAACAUACAUCAACAGAGAAACCAGUUGCUAUUUCAAUCAAUCGUACACUUCAGAGAUGGAGUACUGUGUGCAACUGAAAUCCGACAACGUCACGCAUGAACAGCGAUGUUUUACACUCGAUGAUAUUGUGAAACCAGAUGCUCCAAUCUCACUGAACUGGGCUCUCUUGAACAUUAGCCAAUCAGGAUUAUUCAUGGAUAUUCAACUGUGGUGGGAAGACAUGGUGAGCUCAGAGCCCAGUGCAGGGUGGACUCCUCGGCGAUAUGAAAUUCAGUAUAAACCCCAAGAGGCAGAGCUCUGGAAAUCGAUUAAAACUUUGCCACACCAGCAUCCACCACAGCCACUCUACAACUUUGCAACAGGGAAGGAGUAUGUGGUCCGAAUCCGUAGCACAUAUCCCAACAUAGGCAAUUUCAGCGAAUUCAGCAACAUUUUAAAAGUGUUCCUUCCAGCAUCACAGUCAGUAGAAGUCCCUUUGGAAAGGCCAAGGAUAACAGAAUGUCGCUCACCAGAACAAGAGACCUUUACGUGCAGGUGGAGUGUCGGAAACUAUCAGAAUGUGACAGAACGAAGGAGACUGAGAUUCUUUUAUACAAAGGGGAAUAAUGCUGACUGGAAAGAAUGUCCCAAAUACAUGCACAAUGAAAACGCCUGCUAUUUCAACCAAACCUACACCUCCAUCUGGAUUUCGUAUUGUGUACAGCUUAAAUCAGACAUUCAGGAUCAGAACAUCACUUUCGAUAAACGCUGCUUCUCCAUUGAUAACAUUGUGAAACCUGAUCCGCCGAUUGCGCUGAACUGGACCCUGCUUAAUAUCAGUCAGUCUGGGCUGCUCGCUGACAUCCAAGUUUUGUGGGAGGCGCCGCCUACUGCUGAUAUCAGGAAUGGAUGGAUAUCUCUCAAGUAUGAGAUACAAUAUAAAGCCAGCGAGAGUAACCACUGGGACUCGAUUGAGGCCUUUUCAACUUCCCAUCCAGUUUAUGCACUCAGUACUGGCAAGGGUUAUGAGAUCAGACUCCGAUGUAAACAGAUCGCCAAUGGGGAUUUUAGUGAGUUCAGUGAUUUGGUGUACGUCUUCAUUCCUGCACCACAAUUGGCAGAAGAGGCAGGACUCUUGUUCAGGCUAAUCCUGGUCUUUGUUUUCCUGGGCACGGCCUUGAUGAUGCUAUUAAUCCUAUUUACUAAGAGCCAACGAUUGAAGCUCUUUUUCCUGCCUCCUGUUCCUGUACCCAAAAUCAAUGGAAUUGAUCCUGAUCUUCUUAAGAAGGGUAAAAUAGAUGAAGUGAACUCAAUUUUUGCAAAUCACCUGGGCUACAAGCCUGAUUUAUAUAUUGAUGACCCCUGGGUAGAGUUCAUUGAUGUUGACCUUGAUGAUCCAGAUGGAAAGACGGAAUUGUUGGACACAGACAGACUUCUUGGCCAUGAACACCGGAAGUGUGAUAACUGCCUCAGUGUCAAGGAUGAUGACUCUGGCCGUGACAGUUGUUAUGAACCAGACGUUGCUGAAGAUGUCACUGUAGCUAAACAAAGUGUCAAUGAAUUUGGCAGGCUCCAGCUGGAAACCUGUGAAAGAAAAGAACACAUCAAGAGCAAUACUGGAGCUCCUGUAGGUAUUUCAGGUACAGAUGUCAAGCAGAGCCAGCAGCCAGAUGGUGAAGAGUGCAAGUGCAGAAAAAUACAACUAGUUACCAGAGACAGUAGUUUGUCAACAGCAACUACAAGUGAACCACCUCUUCACAGUCAACUCAAUAACCAGAGCUCCUUUGGGAAAAUGGACUUUUACGCACAGGUAAGUGACAUCACUCCUACAGGUGGUGUCCUCCUCUCCCCAGGGCAGCAAAACAAGCUGAAGGUAUCUCUGGCCAAAGAAACCUCACUGGAUCCAAAGGCAAAUCAAAAUUCCAAACCAUUAGACAGUGCCUACACAUCUGAGGUUGCUGCAAAGCAGUUCUGUGCCAUCAGCUUGGACAACGAAAACCUACCAGCUGCAGCUGAAGACCUUAAUCUAAGCAAUUAUUUCACUGCGGAAAGCCUUGCAAGUGCCACGGUUGGUUCUUAUAAACAAACAGAAAUCACUAGGCAGCCAACAAUACCCGUUCCGGACUAUACCUCAAUACAUAUGGUGGACUCCCAGCAGAGCCUACUGUUGAACCCAAAUGUGCUGCCAAGCAAGAAUCAACCCACUCUAGCUGGAUACCUGAUGCCUGAACAACUUGGUAAUGUCAUCCCCUGACUUCAAAAGCCAUGAAGUGUAGACUGCAUCGUUGUAAGCGUCUGUCAUUGGUGUCACAAAGACCUUGUGUUCAAUGAUUUGCGUAAUAUUCCCCAGAAUACAGAAUAAGGUACAACUGUUAUGAAAAAUUAUGAUUGAUAAAUUAAGAGCUCAAAUUAUUUUUAAAUGUCAACUAUAUUUGUUAAUGUGAGAUAAAAUCCUGUAUUUUUAUAAACCAGAAACAAUUUCUAAAGUUAAACCAGUGCCAUGUAAAAGGAGCUGUAUACGAUUGGAAGAGUGUUGUCUGUCAUAAAGAUCAAAACACUGUUCCUCAGCAACCUUGAAGUCCUUGGAAAAGUCUGUACUCUCAUUAACUGGUUAUUUAAUUUCCAGAAUUAACAACUGUGUUGCUUCCUCAAAACUGUAUCCAAAAGGAAUUGGGAAUGGUCCAAUAUUAGGAAAUGCUUGUAAUGUGUCAGCACUUGUAUCAAAGAGGGGGUGGUAGUCUUUAAUGAGUUGCAAUACUUGGCUUAUCUCACCUGGAAAGGAUUUCAAAAAGACGCCACACUUUAAAGAGUGGCUUUCAGCAACAAAAGAAAUCUCAGUGUUGUGAAAUCGUUUAAUGAAUGUAAUCAUUUUGAUCUCCUUGAGGGGUAACUAAUCACUUAACAGAGUAGAAAUUCUCUGUACAAAAUUCCCCUUCACUCACUAUUACACAGCAACAAACCACAAUGUCUGGACAGGCAAGCAGAGUCACAAACUAGAAUAAGCUGUAGUUUUGCAUCAUCUCAGUGUUCUAUCAUUAUAUCAUUGCAAUGUAGGAUUUUUAAUGGAAAUGAACUAAAAAAUGCAAAGCAGACUCAUUUGCCAACAUAGAAUAUCAUCUCCACAAUUUACUAAAACUUUCACUCAAUUGAAAUCAUCUCUUUACAUGAUGGCACAUCAACCACUGAUGCUGUAUGCUGAUAAAUCCUGCCAGUCAGGGGAUUCCUGAAAAACAGGUAACUCUAUUACAGGUUUAGAAACUGGGGAUUCAUUGUUUACAAACAAUAGAGUUGGACUCAGUGAAGUGGCUCUUGGGACAGCUGGAAGUUGAUUCCAUUGUUAUUUACAAUGGGGCUGCUUUGGUUUCAGGGGUGAUCAGUGAAGCUGUCUAGACAGGAAGUGGACACAGGUUUUUGUGUUGGCAAGAAAUGUGAUUUCUCAACUGAAUUGAGAAGAUAAAUCUCAGAACAUUCAUCUUGGUAAAUUGAAAAUUAUUCUGAAACAAAAAUACUUUCAUAGGCUUUUUUUCCAUUUGUGUUUUAUUUUUGAGAGGGACACAGUAGGACACAGUAUCUUUACAGAUUAAGUCCACAUGUUAUAUUUUGAACCGUGGCCCACACGUUGAUAACAGUCACAAAAUUUUUUUUUUAAAUCUAAGUUCAGAGACAGGUCCAGUGCUAUUAAUUAAUAAUAACCAAAGUUUUCGUGGGACAGAGAAGACAACAGCGAUAAAACUCAGCAGGCCUGGCAGUGCCUGAGGAUAAACAGAGUUAUUGUUUCGAAUCUAGUGAACACUGAUGAAGGGUCACUGGACUUCAAACAUUAACUCUGUUUCACUCCACAGAUGCUGCCAGACCUACUGAGUUUCUCCAAAACUUUCUGUUUUGCUUUCAGGUCUAUAUCAUCCACAGUAUUUUUAUUUUAUUUUAGUAAAUAAACAUUAAGAGUUUGGUUUGAAAUUACCCUGUUCCGGAUGUUCUGGAUGUUUUUAACAACAACAUGAUUGUAACAAGUGCACAUUUACAGGUAGCUUAUAUCAAUGAAAAUUUGAUGGUGAGGAUUUUAUUCUGUGCUGUGUAAACUGAGUGGAUUUUAUUCUCUACCACGUAUCCCAAAGGAGGAGCAUAGAUGAAAAAGCUUGUGUAACCACCACCUCCUUUGUUUUUGUUUAGAUUCCUAACGUAGACUCUCACACACUUGCUCUUUGUCUUUAAUAUAGGCUUCAUGAGAUUUAAAAAGAAAAAAAAGUUAAAAAACACUCUCUACAUUUCAUCAAGAUUAAUGGUGAAAAAUGGUGUUACCAUCACUAAUACUAAUGGUGGAAAUGCCUCUUACUAAAAGAUUAAUAGACAGAGAAUGAAUAGUCCAUGUAGGAGUUUUCAACUUUAGUUGUGCAAUUCUGAUAAGUCUCUAAGUGAUCCUUUCUUCUUCACAAUGGAUGAUGCCAUCACACCACCCUUCUCACAAUACCUGUGAUAACUCCAUCUAACCCCAGCUGUAUUACUUCCUUUUCCCCAAGAGGAAACAGCAAUAGAUUCAGUAACAUCCCACAAUCAAGUGUACCAUUUGUAGAUAUCUGGGGACCUGGGGAGCAGCAAGCCUGUUAUGCAGAUACGGUUAAAGAGUCAUAGUCAUAUAGCAUGGAAACAGUUCCUUCAGUCCAACUAAUCCAUGCGACCAUGUUCCCAAACUAAACUAGUCCCACUUGCCUGUGUUUGACCCAUAUCCCUCUAAACUUUUCCUAUUCAUGUGCUGGUCCAAAUGUCUUCUAAAUGUUGUAACUGUAUCUGCAUCCACCACUUACUCUGGCAGUUCAUUCUGUACACAAAUAAAUUGUAAAAAGGUUGCCCCUCAGCUCCUUUUUAAGACUUUCUCCUCUAACCUUAAAAAUACGCUCUCUGAUUUUGAAAUCUCACAGCAUAGGGAACAGAACAAAGAUAUUUGACAUAUCUAUGCCCCUCGUGAUUUUAUAAACCUCUACAAGGUCACCCCUCAACCUUCCAUGUUGCUGUGGAAAAAUGUUCCAGCCUACCAAGUCUAUUUUGUUAACUCAAACCCUAGAUUCCUGACAACAUCCUGGUAAAUCUUUUUUGUGAAGUCUGUCUGAAUUAAUUAUAUCCUUGCAAAAGGUGAACAACCAGAACUGCACACAGUACUUCAGAAGGAUUCACCAAUGUCGUCUAACCUCAACAUGUUGUCCCAAUUCCUACAUUCAGUGGUCUGAGCAAUGAAAGCAAAUGUGCUAAAUGCCUUCUUAACCACCCCGUCUACAUGUGACACAAAUUUUAAGGAAUUACGUACCUGAACCCCUAGGUCUCCCUGUUCUACAACACUACCCGGGGUUUACCAUUAAUUGGAUAAGUUCUGCCUCUGUUCAUUGUACCAAAAUACAAUACCUCAUAUUUAUCCAAAUUAAACUCCAUUAACCACUCCUCAGCCCAUUCACCAGGGAAUGAAGGGUUUGAGUUAUCAGAAUAGACUGGUAUAGGCUGGGACUUUUUCUCACCGGAGCAUGGGAGGUUGAGGGGUGACCUUUUAGAGAAUUAUAAAAUCUUGAGGGGCAUAGAUAGGGUAAAUAGCAUGGAUCUUUUCCCAAAGGUGGGGGAAGUUCAAAGCUAUGGGGGCAUUUUUAAGGAGAAAGGAGAAAGUUUUAACAAUGACAUGAGGGGCAACUUUUUUUACGCAGAGUGGUUUGUACAUGGAAAUGAACUACCAGAGGAAGUGGUGGAUUCUGGUACAGUUACAACAUUUAAAAGACAUUUGGAUAAGUACAUAAAAAGGAAAUGUCCAAAUGCAGGCAAGUCAGACUAGUUUAGCUUGGGAACAUUGUUUGCUGAAGGAAGUGAUAUUACAAGCAGCAAUCAUGCUUGCACUUUUCACUUAUGUGCAUUUUAACUUAGAUACAAAUUAAAAGCAGAGUAGGCACUUGACCUACUGGAUAAUUUUAAUCAAUAUUUCAUUCACUGUUUGCAGUGAAUCUAUAAAUGUGUUUCUAUCCAUUUCAAAUAUCUGCAAUGAGUGAUGGAAAAUCCUCUGCCAACCAGAAAGCAUCAGGGCCAUUACAUCAAUAAAUAUUUUAGCUUGAACAAAGCUUUCCUCAGGGAUAGUAAGAAGUGCUUCUCCAAAAAUUCAGUCACAGUGAAACACUUCUUGCUGAAGUUUUGUUUAAAAAGGUCAAAUGUAGUAUGUAAUUAUCUCCCUGGAAACAAUGUGAAUCGAACUAAAAGCUAAGAAUUACCUUCAGUUAUAAUGGUUUAGAAAUGGGCAAGAAAUGCUGCCUUGCAAGUGAUGCCCACAUUCCAUGAAUGAAUAUUAAAACAAUCUUUAUUUUAGGCCACUUGAUGUUGGCUCCUUUUUCUUGCAGACCGUGUCAAUAUAUGGGCUGGCUAUAUUUUUGGGGGGUAACCAACUGUUCUGUCACCGUGUCAAGUCAGUACCCAACCAACAGUCAGUACGUAUCGCAAAACGAAUCGACAAAUGAGGCUGCACGAGCAGCUCUGUUCCUAAGUCAAGACACUUGAGAGGUCCCAGAUCUUGGCUGAAUGUUCUGAUUGUUCAAUUACGGAACAAUUCUCUGUGAAUAUACACUUUUGAGAAUAUCUCACUUUCUCAGAGUGCAUCUUAGAACUUCAUGGGCAUGUUCCCCAUGAUUUUCCAGGUGCCUGUCAGUAAAAAAUAGGCAGUAUGCUUGAUGUGCACUUCUGGCAAGUAAGCCUCCAUACCAGGAGUGCACAUUCAGAAAACUUGAAACAUACAACUUGUAUAUGAAAUUCAAUUUUCCACUAAUAUUUUGAAAACAAAGGCACCAACACAGUAUCGUCAAGUAAUUAAUCAUAAGCAACGCUCCAGCACGGCUCAAAUAUAUUCCUUCUUCCAGUUGUUCAGGAGGGGAGAGAGGUACCACCAACAUAAAAAUACUUCAACUGAGAGGGAGACAGAUUUGUUUUAAAGAUGUAUCUCCUAUCUGGGGAAGAUUUUCAAUUACAGCUCAAUUGAAAACAGCCUUAUUGUUAUUGAAAGCAGGGUUUUUGUGGUGCAGUGAAAUUGUUCCUACCUUUGAGGCAGGAGGCCAAGGUUCAAAUACCACCUGCUCCAGCAGUGCGUAACUACAUCUCUGAACAGGUUCAUUUGGCAAACAUCUGGACCUCUUCAGUUGUUCAAACUAGGACUGCACAACAACAAGUCUGCUUCCAAUUGACUGAAUAAGAUAUAAUAAGGCAUUUCUGCUAUCCUCCCCAGUUCUGGAUCCCAAUUCUAAUUGCUGUUUGAAGUACUCAUUAUAACAGUGGCUGGCUGAAGACAUUUAAUGCAAAACAAAAUUGAAUGUACAUUAGUCUAAGGCCCGUAAUGAAUAUGGCACUUUGAAUCAAUGUGUGUACCAUACACUCUUCCCAUUGCCCUGCCAUGAGUUCAGCAUGGCAUUUUCACGAGUCAUGUUAGACCAAUGGCAUCUUCAUGGGGUGUUCACUCACUGGAAUAUUCUUCAUGCAGUGUCAGUAUGUACCUGCUCUGUUUCUCAUCCGAUCGAACAAGUAAUAGUGAGUAGCAAUACUAGAUUACUGAUGUGAGCAUCACGAGGAAGCAUCAGGUGUGAUCUCUAUCAAUAUGAAAAUGCCAAUUAAGCACACUUAGUUGCAGUUAAUCAAUCAUAAGUCUCUAAUUGUUGAACCACUAAGAGCAAAGAAACUUAACAUCUGAAUCUGCCAAUUUAACACCAACUUCAAUCAUUCAGCAGAAAUGUGCUGUAGGCUUCAGAGUAUUUAUCUGAGUAUAUGGAACAAACAUAGGAGUAAAAAAAAAUAGGUUUUCUAGUUAAUUAUACAAAACACCUUCUUGAGUUAAACUUUCCUGAGAACCAGAAGGUUUUUAGUGUCUAAGGGUAAUAGUAACCUGUUCAUGAUUUUAAUCAGAAGCAAAGCUUGAUUAUCAUCGAGACUUAGUCAGAGCUCCACAGUAAAUUGAUAUCCACAUAAUGGAUACUCUAUGCCUGAGUACAUCACAUGAAGCUUAAAACUAGCAUGUAUUUUGUUUAAAAGCUAUGGUAAUGGUAUAUUGUCACAGUGCAUUUGAUAUUUACAUUGAAGAUUAAAACUUCUGAAGUCAUUUGACAGUUUCUUGUUGUCUACAGGACUGUAUCUCUGGGGAUUUUUCCGUCGCUCCCUGUGAAACCAUUAUCUUCCUGCUGCUAUUUUAAAGGAAGAGAGCUACUGAUUUGAGUUUUUUUUUCCUCCAAACUCAGCUGUGAGACUAUGUGUUGAAGAUUGUUACACCUGAUUUGUGACUGUUGGUUACUGAAAUAUGCAAAGAACUGAAUACUCAAAUCAGAUAGCUAUUUUUGAGGGGGAGGGGGCAAAAUCUUCAGCUGACCUAGUUAAUCACUGUAACAACAUAAAACUGUAUUUUCACUUGCAUUUGCUCAAAUAAUGGGCUGUACAUGACACUAAACAGAAAAGGCACUGUGCGACUUUUCGCCAGAAUGUAAUUCUCCCUGUCAUGUAUUUGGGCAAAGUUUAGCCCUCAAUCUAAUACAAAUGGCCAUUCCUCAUGAGGAAAGUUGUACCAACUGAGAUAACAAGGUGUAGAGCUGGAUGAACACAGCAGGCCAAGCGGCAUCAGAGGAGCAGGAAAGCUGAUGUUUCAGGUUUAGACCUCUUCUGAGUGCAGAUUAUUUCACAGACAAAGCAUCACUGCUGAACUCGGUACUUGUUUGGCGGUAAAUAUAGACAGUUUUAAUUCUGGGUAACAAUUAGGACCUCUUUAGGGACACUCAUACCCAACACUCAUUCUGUGAGCACCGAAAUAUUUCAACAUUAUGUCAAAUUGAAAACAUUACCUUUUAAUGUAAAUGUAUUUAUUUGGUUCAGUGGUCUGUUGUGUAUGUGAACUCCACAAACUGCACACUGUAAACAGUGUACAGAAUGUACACAAAUAGUGGUCAAGUCAACCCUGCAGUAUUUGUUUUGUAAAACAAGUUCUACUUACUGUCUAAAUUGCUAAUUUGAGAUAUGAUGGUUCAUUUCUUCGCACAAAGCCAUUCUUCAAUCAUGAAGAUUAAACUAAUCACGAGUACCAUUCGGCCUAUUUUCACUAGGCCUUGUUCUUACUUGCUAAAAAUAAUUAUGUUUGAAAAGUGGAACUAUAGAAACUAAUACUUUAUCAAAACAAAUUGCCAGGCCUUCAUACCCAGUAUUUUGGAGCUGUAGCAAUGAAUAUUGUUGUCUCAUAUCGCACAGUGUUGCCUUUCUAUUUAUAUAAUGCAGAAGGAUGAGGUGAUGAGUUGUCUCAACUUGUGAUGAGAUCUUACGUUUUGAAGAGUUUUUUAGACAUAGGCCCACUUUGCAAUCGUAUUAAGUAAGAUUUUAUAAAUCUAUGCAAAAUACUGAACUAACAUGUAGAUGUUGUAUUCUUUCCUUCAGUUUAAAACAGGAAAAGAAAUUUUACCUAAACUGAUACAAUGCAUUUAUUAAUGAUGGGCCAAAUGGCCUCCUACUGCGCUGUAAUAUUUCUGUGAUUUUGUCCUGCAAGGCAACUGCAAGCUUUGCAAGAUUUGAAACGAUAUCACAUUCAUUUGUUUAUCUUUUCCCAAAGUAUAAGCAUGAGUUGUAAUGCAGUCUCAGUUUGUUCUGAAAGUAGAUGACUUUUCUGUUAAAGGGCCUCAGCCCAUUUCUGUCAUUUCACCUUCCCCCAUCCACUUUUCAGUUUGCAGAGGGUCAUAUACAUCCUUUGAGAGGUUGCCCUCUCAUUGCUCACUGCCAAUGCUAUUACCAGACAUAUUUUAUUUCUCCUGGGGAGGUGCUUUGCUGCAGUACAUCACAACAGAGCAGGAUAAUCAAACGCAUUCCACAUUAUACAGUUCUAACAGCUUCUUUCUUUACAAUGCUAUAUCAUAUCUCUAGUGGAUGAAAUGCAGUUUAGAUGUCAAUCUUGUUCGCAAUGUGACUAAACUUCCAAAUUCUACCAGAACACUAGAGCUGACCAGUUAAUAUCAUUUGAUAGAGUGACUUUUACCAGUCACAAAAGAUCAUGUUACUCGUUCCAAAACGCAGAGAUGAAGCCCAGGUUAUCAACUGUAUUUUUUUUGUUGUUGUUUAGUAACAGGAAGUGUCCUCAUUUCCAUGACAAUAUGGCAACACUGGUUAGAGUCUAGUGAAUCUAACUCUGACAAUAUUAUUUUUGCUGGAUAGAGUUCACUUUGUCUUAAAAAUCUUCAGCACUUUAUGAAAUCAAUUUUCUAUUUCAGCAUUUUUUGAAUCAAUCUUCUACCUUUGCCUUUUAGGAUGCACAGAUAACAGGAUUAGAUAUAAAAGUUCAACCCACAAUUUAAUCGGAUACAUUCAUGAAACAUUACUUAUGAUAGUUUAUUUUUGAUUCUGUAUGUGAUUACUCACUAGUCUGUGAUAAAGUCUUGCUCAUGGUUUAAGUUGCAUCCUAUAGUAAACCAUUGCUGAGGUUAUUGGGAAACUGCAUCAAAUUUUCCUCUUAUUGUUGCAUAGUUAGGAGGAGGCUGCCCAAUGAUAGCUGUAGAAACUUUAAGAGUUUGUUCUCCCCUCAACUACGUUCAAGGAAAUAAUUAGAUUUGAGGAAGUCUCUAACCUGACAGGACAGUACUUGCUUAAGAAAGAGGGUUAGAUAUAGCUAGAGAACAAGACAAACUGCCAAAAUAGAAUGUCACUGGAUGAGUAAUUCAGAGGCCCACGCUAAUGAUGUGAGCCUAUGGAUUUAAACACCACCAUGUUACCCAAUUUGUAUAAAGCUAGGUUCCUGACAACCACCAUUAAUUGUUGAAAAAAAACCUAAUUUAUUAAAAACAACAUAGUGUGGAGCUGGAGGAACACAGCAGGCUAGGCAGCAUCAGGAGCAGGAAAGUUGACGUUUUGGGUUUAUUAAUGCUCUUUAGGGAGGGAAAUCUACCGUUUUUACCUGGUCUAGUCUACUUGUGACUCGAGACGCACAACAGCAAAGCAAAUUCACUGAUCUUUGAAAGGCACAUUCUGGCAACACCUGUUUUACCUCACCUGAGAAUGCUUGAUGAGCUUAACUGUCCCCAAGACUAAUGUUCUUCACCUUUACAAAGACAAAGAAAAUACAAGUUUAAUAUGCUGCUACUGAAAAUAAGAAUACCAUAUAAUUCUCAGCAAUUUGAUCAGAAUCAAUGGGAACAUAGCUGAUAACUUCUUCAAAUCAAUAAAAGAUCUUAUCUAUGUUAGGCGUGAGACAUGCUGAAAACUUCUGAUCUGUGAACUGCAUUGCCUCUGGUGGCUGAACACAAUAGCACCAUCCCUACUACUCAAGAGCUUCAGUUUCUGUUCAGAGUAGGUGGUCAUUAUGCUGAUAAAUAUUCUUGCAGCUUAAAUACUAGGUGAAUAUUAGCUAUAGAUUUUUCCAUACAGAAUCAAAAAGAAACUGAUUUAUAAGAAUGAAAGUAGAAGUUUUGUCUCAUGAAUAGUUUCCUUUCAAGUCAGAUGUGAAAAAUAUUUCAGGGCAGAUUUAAAAAGGCAAAUAAUUUUUAUCGUUUAAAGCCAAAUUUUACUCUAGCCAGUCAUCACUCAUAUGUCUAGCACUGAUUUGCAAUGAAACUCCAUUCUUCCUUUUCAUACUUAAUCACCAUUUUCUAACUGCCUUACUUCCUUCACCCUUUCAACCUUGUCUACAGUCUGACUACUUUCUCACUGACAAGAAAUUUAAGGCUUUUGCUUUACUGAAGACAAUGGCUGCUUACAUUUUAUUGUCAAGGGGAAGAUAAAACUAAACCAACACGCCUUGAUUGCUCAGAAGUAAAAAUCUGAACGUACUUUUUCCUCUGUCUUAAUUUUGUAUUUUAAUAAUUAAAUUUAAGGAAGAUGCAAGAGUCCCAAUAUGAACAUUUUGUGAAGUAUAUAAUGGAUUAUAUAUCAGUUUCUAAUCAGAGAGACUGCAUGUUCUAUUUUUAAAAGUGCUUUACCUUAAAUGUAUGUACAGCUUCUGGUUUUGUAAAACUCUUGAACUGCAUUGCUCUGAUUUUCUGUAAUUGAAUGAUGAUUAAAAACUAAAACUGU